AUGUCUUCUUCCUCCAACACAAAGCCCACAGCGGCUGGCACUCGCAGUAGCAGAAGCGCAAUCUUGGGAUCGGAAGCCACUCCCGAUGCCCAGACCUCCGCUGCCAAGGAUGCCUCCGAUGUCCUGCUUAUGCCUGUGUCUUCAAACAGUGAGUCUACUGUUGGCAGCUCACACCCGCGCGGCGUGGAUCCUUCCCAAUUGUCAUCGCGGUUGACUGUGACCAAGCUGGUCGGCGCAAAGUUGAAUGGCAUCGCCAAGUUCUUUAAGACGUAUGCCAAGUUUGUUGGGCCCGGUUUCAUGAUUGCCGUUGCGUACAUUGAUCCUGGCAACUAUGCUACCGACAUUAGUGCUGGUGCCACGUACCAAUACAAGCUGCUCUUCAUCGUACUGCUCAGUAACAUCUUUGCCAUUCUGCUCCAGAGUCUUGCUAUUCAGCUUGGCUCCGUCACCGGCAUGGACCUUUCGUCCGCUUGCCGCGCCUAUCUCCCACGCUGGCUCAACUAUACUCUGUACGCUUUGUCCGAGAUUGCCAUUAUCGCGACCGAUCUUGCAGAGGUUAUCGGUACUGCUAUUGCGAUAAACCUCUUGAUCCCCCAAAUCCCUCUGGUGGCUGGUGUCGCCAUCUCUAUUGUCGACGUCAUGUUCAUCCUCAUCUUUUAUAGACCAGACGGCAACAUGCGAGGCCUACGAACCUUUGAAUUCGGCGUCUGCUUGCUAGUCCUCGGUGUCGUCAUCUGCUUCUGCAUCCAGCUCUCUCUUAUCAAGGAUACCAACGUCGGCGAUGUCUUCCGCGGCUACGUCCCGUCGAGCGCCUUAAUCGAAUCCAAGGGAUUGUACCAAGCCUGCGGUAUUCUCGGCGCUACAGUCAUGCCUCACAGUCUCUUCCUGGGUUCCGGCAUUGUCCAGCCCCGUCUUCGCGAGUACGAUGCCAAGCGCGGCCUGCUCCCCGAGGAGCCUUCCUCUUCGGCGUCUUCCACCAUGGACGAGUUUGACAAGGUCGUCUACCGACCAUCCCACGCAGCUAUUAAACAUUCCCUCAAGUACUCCAUCACCGAGCUUGCCAUUUCGCUUUUCACGUUCGCCUUGUUUGUCAACUCGGCCAUUCUCAUUGUCGCCGGUGCCUCGCUGUACCAAAACGAAGAAGCCCUGGAUGCUGACAUCUUUGGCAUCCACGACUUGCUUUCGCAGAGCAUCUCGCCUGCGGCUGGAACCAUCUUUGCCCUUGCCUUGCUCUUGUCUGGUGUCUCGGCUGGUAUUGUCUGCACAAUUGCCGGCCAGAUGGUCAGUGAAGGCGCCUUGAGAUGGCGAGUCAAGCCUUGGCUGCGACGUCUCUUGACACGUUCCAUUAGCAUUAUCCCCUCGCUCAUUAUUGCUGGCGCCAUUGGCCGCGAGGGUCUCAACACUGCCCUGACAGCAUCGCAGGUCGUGCUAAGCAGUGUCUUGCCCUUCAUCACUCUGCCCUUGAUCUACUUUACCAGCCGCAGCAAGUACAUGACUGUCUUGCCUGGCAUGGCCAGACUGCAGCAUGAAGAUGCCUCUAGAUCCAGUGUACAGUCUGCACUGUCGCCUGAUGGCAUUGACAUGUCCCUCCCGUGGUGGCUCGUCAUCAUCUCCGGCCUCGUCUGGCUUGUGAUUGUCGUCAUGAACGUUGCCAACCUUGUGCUUCUCGGUCUUGGAAAUUCUUGA